AUGUAUUUAAUUUUUAAGAAAUCCAGAUUUAAACCUGCUUCAGAAAUCGAUCUAGUAACUCAAGCAAUAACUGACCUAAAGGAAUCAAGUUCAAAUAUAGAAACAACUAGUAGAUCUUCAAUAAAACCAAAUAAUAAAAAAUUCGAUCUUAGUAGAUUUAAAUACCAACGUCCAUCAAAUGACACAUUAAAUCAUUAUAAGCAAACUGCAAUUCCAAAAAAUACUCAAAAAAACAUCCAAUCUGAUCUUAAUAUUGAUCAAAUUAAUGAUAAACAUAUACUCGCUGUUUUACUUUCUGAAUUUGUUAUUGCAAUAAAAAAACGUGAUAAAAAUGAAUUUAAAGCAGAUUCAUUAUAUAAUGGUGUUUGUGCAAUAAAUAGAUAUUUUAUUGAAAGAUUUAAAGAAAUAGGUCUUUUUAAUUUAUAUGGUAAUUUUGAAUUUGCUUCUUUUCGUGAUAUUUUAUAUUCAAGACUGCGAGAAUUAGAAGAAAUUCCUAAUAGAACAUCUCAAGGCGCAGACCCAUUAAGUAAUUAUGAAAUAAAACAAAUAUUUAAACAUUAUGAACUUAAUAAAGAUACACCAAUUGGAUUAUUUCGUAGAGUUUUUUUAUGGAUUGGUUGUUGUACUGCUAAAUGGAGUAGAUCCUAUUUAGAUAUAAUAGCAUCACAUUUUAAAGAACGUUUUGAUGGAGGAUUUGAUUUUUUAAUGAUUUAUGAUAAAACCCAUAAGGGUGGAUAUUAUUAUCGUAAUACUUCUGGAUUUGGAUAUAAUACACCGUCACAAAUUAUACCUUCAGAUGAAUUAGGAGUUAUUGGAGCAUUUUUAAAGACAAUUUGUGAAUUAACUAGAAUUGAUUGUACUAAUCAGUGUAUAGUCAAUUAUUUCUUACGUAAAACUACUACCCAAAAGCUUAAUAAUCAUAAUGUGGAUCCUCAAGCAAUAAUGAAUAUUACACUUCAUUAUACUAUAGCUGGACUUAAUCGUUAUAGAAAACAAAAUGAAGAACAAUGUAUUAAA